AUGGCCAGAGCUGCCAAGACCGGUCGUGAGCUCACCGAAAGUGAGCGAAUGCGACUGUACUGUUCGAUCGCGAUCAAGAAGGACGGUGUCGCUGCACACUGUGCGAAGAUGGCUUUUCGUGCAGAGUAUGGUGUGACGCAGCAAGCUGCUUCGCUCAUAUGGCAGCAUGGUCAGUCUACGGAGGCGACUCUGGGCUAUGCUGAUUUAUCGGCGCGCAAGCGGACAACCACUCUGGUCGACGUGGAGGCCGAGUCCACCGGCAUCGCGUUGACAACGCUGUGGAGGCUUGUUAUGGCUAAGAAGAAAACGGCGCACAAGCCGCGUGAAGGACGUGACGUCGAGCUCGUGUGGCACGACAUGUUCGAUCGUGUGCACAUUGAUGAAAAGUGGUUCUUUGUGACGCAAGUCAACCGACGCUACUGCCUGUGGCAUGAUGAAGAGCUCCGUGAACGCAAGUGCCAAUCGAAGCGCCACUUCACGAAGGUCAUGCGGUUGCAAGGCUACGCUUUAGCGGCAGUAACCAAAAGCGUGUACCGGCAACACCUUAUCGAGAACGUGAUCCCGGCGAUCAAGGACAAUCGGCCCGGCAGACGCGCCGAUUUGAUUUGGAUCCAGCAAGACACGCACGGCCACACGUCGCAGUGA